AUGACAGUCACAUAUGCGGCUUCCGAGGAACCCACGCCGCGACCGCGCUUUAAACCAACGGUCAUCAUCCAUGGCGGUGCGGGGAACAUUACACGCGCCAGAAUCCCGCCAGAGUUAUAUGAGCGAUACCGAGCGUCUCUAUUGAAAUACCUCCACUCUACUGUUACUCUCCUCAACGGUGAACAGGAAGAAGAAGACGGUACCAAAAAGAAGAUUACACCAUACUCUGCUAUCGACGCAGCUGUCCAUGCCGUGUCAUUGCUAGAAGAUGAUGAACUUUUCAACUGUGGGCGGGGAAGCGUGUUUACAGUUACUGGCACCCACGAGAUGGAAGCUUCCGUGAUGGUCUGCUCACUAUUCCCGGAAACUCAAGGUUGUGAAGAUGUAAAGCGGGGACUAAUUAAGCGUGGUGCUGGCGUCAUGAUGCUGAAAAACGUUCGCCAUCCGGUACGGCUAGCGAGGGAAGUCUUGCUACGGAAUGACGUGGAAGGUCACAGGGGUAAAGGUGAUAGCAUGCACUCUCAUUUGUGUGGACCGUAUGUGGAAUCCCUCGCAAAUGAAUGGGGGUUGGAAUCCAAGCCCGAUGAAUGGUUCUUCACCCAGAAACGGUGGGAUGAACACAUGAAAGGGCUGGGUAAAGGAGCUUCAAUUGACCAUGACACCUUGCCUAAACCAGGAGAAGAUAUUUCGAAGUACCUCAGUCAAGGAACAGUUGGGUGUGUAUGCCUUGAUCAAUGGGGAAAUAUAGCUGCAGCUACAAGUACAGGGGGCCUGACAAACAAACUGCCUGGAAGGAUUGGCGAUACGUCAACACUUGGGACCGGAUAUUGGGCUGAAGCCUGGGAUGUCCCCGACUCGUCAUCUCGCCGAGCUCUCGGACUCUCUUGCACCGGUAACGGCGACUCGUUCGUCCGUGUAGCCGCUGCCCACUCUGCUGCCUCGCUGUUGAAACUGGGAGCAAAGGAUUCGCUUGCAGAUGCUAUCACUGCCAUCGCUGGACCUGGCGGAGAGCUUCAGCGUUCGGCAGGCCCACGGUGGGGAGUUACCGGAGAAGGUUCGGGAGGAAUAAUUGGCAUUGAGACUGAAGUACCACACGGGGCUGAAAAGCACCAAAGCGAUGAGCCGAUUAAGGGAAAGGCAGUAUUCGACUUUAACAGCGGCGGCAUGCUUCGAGCUUGGACGGAAGAAGAUGCCAAUGGUGUACAGAGGGAGAGAAUGAUGGCAUUCAGAGAUGAGUACUACAAUUAA